UUCCGUAUUCCCAUCCCUAAAUGUCAUCACUGUGUCGCAACCUCACGCCGCCGUCUACUCUUUUCUUCGAGCCGCCGUCGCCGCUCUCCAUUGCGCGCCUCCAUUCCCUUUCUUCCGCGCUCCACACUAUGAACAGUUCUUAAUUGUGCAAACUCCAGAGGCUGCUCUUGGAAAAGGGCGGAGUUGUUCGUCUGCACUAUGAAGCUUACGUGCCUUAGCAUGGGCCACGGGCUCUACUGCCCUCCUUGCCACAUGCUUGAGCUUUGUGGGUUCCGCGUCCUCCUCGAGUGUCCUCUCGAUCUCUCCGCCCUCACUGUCUUCUCCCCGGUCAUCCCCAACUCCGCACCUGACCUCAUUGGCGCUGUCCCCUGGUAUAAGACCGUCAAAAGCCUCCACCUUUGGGACCCUUCUCUCAUUGACCUUGUUAUCAUAUCCACCCCCUAUGCUAUGCUUGGCCUUCCAUUCCUGACCUGCCUGCAUGACUUCUCUGGCAAGAUUUAUGCUACAGAGGCGGUGGUGAGAAUAGGGUGCCUUAUGAUGGAAGACCUUGUGUCUAUGCAUGCAGAGUAUAAUCAGUUUUAUGGUCCAGAUGAGAGGUCUGGUUGUCCAGGAUGGAUGGAGUGGGAAGAGCUUGAGAAGCUUCCUUUGGAAUUGAGAGAUAUUGUUAUGGGGAAAGAUGGAGAGGAGCUGGGGUCUUGGAUGCCAUUAUACAGUGCUACAGAUGUAAAAGAAUGCAUGCUAAAGAUCCACUCUCUAAGGUAUGGUGAAGAAGCCUGCUACAAUAGCACCUUAAUCCUGAAAUCGUUCAGUUCCGGUUUGGAAAUCGGUAGUUCCAAUUGGAUGAUAAAUGGUCCAAGAAGAAAUUUUACUUAUUUGUCAAGCUCCAUAUUCAAGUCUGCACAUGCAAUGGGUUUUGAUUACUAUUCCCUUCGAGGGAAUGAUUUGAUCUUGUUUUCAGAUUUAUCUGUGGAAAUGACGCAUGAUGGGCCUAAUGAUGCUUAUGGAUGUAAAAUUUAUAAUGAGACAGUGGUGGAAGAUCCUCUUCCUUAUCAUAUUUCAGCUGUUGGGGCCAACUGUGCUAGUGAGCAAGAUUUAGUCAAAUGCUUGCUUGAAAAUGAUGAAAUUUUGGAGGAGUCAGACAAAAUUGCUUUUAUAUGUUCUUGUGUCUUGGAUUCUUUAAAUGAAGGUGGCUCUGUUUUAAUCCCUAUUGGCCGAAUUGGCAUAGUACAUUUCCUUUUGGAGAAAAUAUGGCAGUAUCUGGAAUUAUCAAAUAUGAUGGUUCCAAUAUUCAUGAUUUCUACUAUUUCAGAGGAGAUAUUAGCAUUUAUGAAUGCUAUGCCUGAAUGGCUUUGUGAAGAACGCCAGCUCAAGUUAUUCUCGGGCGAGCCAUUGUUUGGCCAUAUAGAGCUAAUUAAAGAAAAGAAGCUUUAUCUUUUUCCAGUCCUGAACUCCUCUAACCUAUCGAUGAUAUGGCAGGAACCGUGUUUAGUGUUUUGCCCUCAUUGGAAUCUUCGUCUUGGUCCUGCUGUUCAUUUACUUAGUCGCUGGCAUAAAGACCAUAAAUCCUUACUCAUUCUGGAGGAAGGUGUUGAUGCUGAAAUGGCUCUUUUACCAUUCAAGACAUUGUCAAUGAAGGUUCUCCAAUGUUCUUUUUUUGCCGGAAUAAAAUUGAAGAAAAUUCAACCAUUGCUAGAAUUGCUCCAACCAAAGCUAGUCUUGUUCCCUGAUCGAUUGAAGUCCCAGCUCAACUUCUCAAAGAACUACACACACUUGUACUAUUCUGAGAAUUCGACCCUCAGAGUACCAUGCUUGAAAGAGGACUUCGAAGUUCGGUUGAUGAGAUACUUGGAUUUUAAACUUCAGCCUAGAAUAUUACCACAUGAAAAUUUGGCCAUUGCUAGAUUAGAAGGCCAGUUUCUUGUAAGUAAUGGGAAUCAUCUAUUAGUCCCAGUCAAAAACCCCACCCACAUUUCUAGUAAACAACAAUUGAACUGGGGCUCUGUAGAUCCUGAUCUCCUACUUCAAGCUUUAAAAGAUAAAGGCAUCGAUGGUCUUAUUUCUUAUGAUGAAACUGCACCGUGUCAUGGUGUUCACUCCAUUCACAUCAGUGCACCUGACGAAGCUGUGAUUGAGAUAGACUCAAAGCAAACAGUCAUUUUUGCUGCUAAUGAAAACCUGACUGCUGUAAUCUGUGAAACUUUCAGCUCUGUAUGCAGUGGGAUUUAGAACCAAUUUUGUUGUUUGAUGCUCUUUCUAGAUCUAUACUAAAUUCUUGUAAUUUAAUUAAACCUGACUGUUGUAUUUUCUGAUCCUCGUUUAAGUGAAUUUUGAUUGACAUAAAUUUAAAAAAAAAAUUCUAA